AUGCGUCCCAGACGUCGUUCUGGUGGUCCAGGCAAGCAGCAUGCCAGCCGUCCUACCUCACCUCAAUCAACAGUGGCAAAAGACUCCCACGCACCAAUAUACUUCUGGCGCGAGUAUGGCUCUCCCCACAGUUACCUCUCUCAAUGGUACCCCUCCCCCUUCACGGUCCCCUGCACGCAAAUUACCUACAGCACCGCCGAGCAGUACAUGAUGCACCAAAAAGUCCUCCUGUUUACCGACACUAUUGUCGCAUCGCAAAUCCUAGCCUCAAAAUCGCCAAAAGAACAGAAAGCCCUGGGCCGGCAAGGAGCAAAAUUUGAUGAUGAUGUGUGGAAACAGAACCGGGAGCGAAUUGUGGAGGAGGCGAGCUAUUGGAAGUUCAAGAUUGGGAGGGAUGAGGGGGAGCUGAAGGGAAAAGAGGUGGGUAUGAGAAGAAUGUUAGAGGGGACUGAGGGGAGCCAGAUUGUGGAGGCGAGUCCGAGGGACAGGAUCUGA